GCGAGGCUUAUAGAAUUAUGGAUUUGAGGAAAGGCGAAGAUGCGGCGAACUCUGUGUACACCGUGGACGGUACAAUGACAAAACCCGUUAAGGCUGUACUUCCGCGCACUCCACGCGACUCUCUCCCAAGACGGGUUGCUGUGGUAAUCAUCAUCAUCAUCACCGUCCUGAGCCUGGCUGGAUUAUCUGUCCUGCUCUGGUACUUUCUAGAGUACAAGGUGUGGGUGUUGGAGCCGCGGGUGCAGCAACAAUACACAGCCCAGGUCUCCAUCCUGAACAGAAACUUCUCUGUUGGCCUUUCAUCGCACAGCAGCCAGGUCUUCUGGGUGGAGGCACACACGGUGGAGGCCAUGGUGGAGAAGCUUGUGAAGUCCACUGACCUGGCGCGGUAUUUUAAAUCCACCACUGUCUUUGCCUUUGGGGAAGGAAGUGUAGUGGCACACUUCUGGCUCAUCCUGUCCCUGCCCAGCAGCCAUGUUGAGAAGGUCACUAUGCAGAGGGUCAAUGAAAGCUUGUGGAGAGCUCUGCAGAGCUUUGGAGAGAGAGGCGUUGAGGACAGAGCUGACUGCUGCAGCUACCUCCUCCUGCUCUCCUCAUUCUCCAUAACAGAAACCAACCCCAAAGCUAUAGAUGUUUUACAAGCCUCAUUUGACUGUUACCGGUACCAGUCGGUAAUCUCCCCUGGCCGAGUGGUGUUGAGAGGGCCCAACACUCAGCGCUCGUCCUGCCUCUGGCACCUGCGGGCCCCUGUGGGCUCCCAGUUGGAGCUGCGGGUGGAAUGGCUGCUGCCCGAGUGCAGGGACCGUCUGGCCGUCUACGACUCGCUGGCCCCUGCCGACUCCACGCUCAUCACCUCUCUGUAUGGCUGUAGCAGGCAUGAGCAGGUGGUGCAGGUGCUGUCCUCUGCUGACUGGAUGACAGUGGUAUGGAAGCAGGGACAGUAUAACUAUAAGGACCCGUUCUCUCUCUCUGCGCAGGCGUGGCCUAUCAGGAAUUGUUCCUACAACAUUGAGUUGGAGAGAAAAGAUGGCAUUCAGGGUACCUUGCAGACUCCGUUCUACCCCAGCUACUACCCCCCUGAUACCAACUGCACCUGGCAUUUUACAGUACCAUCAGCAGAAUAUGGGCUGACCCUGGAGUACGAAGGUUAUUACCUGAGUCGAGCCAGCUACACCCAGGCUUGCACACAAGGCCAGUGGCUCAUUCAGAACCGCAGAAUGUGUGGUGUCCGUAGUUUGCAGCCUUAUGCUGAGCGUCUUUACCUCCACACCCCCACCACCACCGUUACCAUGACGUCAGAGGUGUCACUCACAGGGCCCGGCCUCCAGGUCCACUAUAGCAUCUUCAACCAAUCAGACCCCUGUCCUGACCAGUUCCUUUGCAGCAUCAAUGGCGUGUGUGUGCCAGCAUGUGAUGGUAUCUCAGACUGUCCCAGUAAACUGGAUGAAAGAAACUGUGUGUGCAGAGGUCAGUAUGAAUGCCCAGAGGACAGUCACUGUGUGGAUUACUACAAGGUGUGUGACCAGCAUCAGGACUGUACUGAGGGAAGUGAUGAGAAGAACUGCACACAAGGAGUUCUGUGUACUGAUAUGACCUAUAUGUGUGCUGAUGGCACUUGUCUGAAGAAACCGAACCCUGCGUGUGAUUUCAUCACCGACUGUCCCGAUGCCUCCGACGAGAAAUACUGCGACUGCGGCCUGCGCCAGUUCAGCACCCGGGUGGUGGGCGGAGUCAGUGCAGUGGAUGGGGAGUGGCCAUGGCAGGCUAGCCUACAGGUCAGCGGCCAGCAUAUCUGUGGUGGAGCUCUAAUCUCCGCCCAGUGGGUGGUGUCUGCAGCGCACUGUUUCUAUGAUGACCGUCUGUACUCUCCCUCCUUAUGGACGGUGUAUCUGGGUAAACUGAGCCUGCAGGGCACCAGCCAGACGGAGGAAGCCCUGCGCAUCUCCCACAUCCACCUGCACCAGUACUACGAUGACGAGACCCACGACUACGACCUGGCCCUGCUCAGGCUGGAGAGGAGCGUAUCCGUGGGCACGCUCGCCCAGCCAGCGUGCCUGCCCCCUGCCACGCACCAGCUGGAGCCAGGCCUGCUCUGCUGGGUCACUGGAUGGGGGGCGCUCCGAGAAGGGGGUGGCACAAGUGAUGUCCUACAGAAGGUUGAUGUGCAAUUGGUUAGCGAGGAUGCUUGCGUCCGUUCCUACGGAUAUAUCACUCCCAGAAUGCUGUGUGCUGGUUAUCGCAGUGGGGGAAAGGAUGCGUGUCAGGGGGACUCUGGAGGUCCCUUGGUGUGCCAGGAGCCAUCAGGUCGUUGGUUCCUUGCUGGCGUUGUGAGCUGGGGUCGCGGCUGUGGCCGACCGGAUUACUACGGUGUUUACACACGCAUCACCAGGCUCUCUGGCUGGAUCAGACAGCUCCUCUCCUCCUGAGGGGCAGGCCAGACCGAUCCCAGAUCAGCUUAUGAGGACUUCAUCUGACCAGCAAGGAGCUACUCUCAGUAGCUUAACCAUCCCCCUUUCUAUCUACACUAUUGUUUGAUGGGAUGUGUAGUCUUAGAAUUAGAGGAUAAAGCAGCUCAAUUGCAAACAACUAAAGAGCUAAAGUACAAUCAUGUAUACAUCCUAAUCUCAUUUCUGAAGAGUUUAACAGAGCUUCUAUUUUCAGCAUUUUUAAAAAUCAUCUUUUUUUUUUAUUAAGUUAUUAAUUAUUCAUAGUAUAUAUAAGCACUGGUCACUUUAUUAGGAACCAGUACCUGUGCACCUGCCUCAGUCAUACAGUCCCAGGUGGAGAGCUUUAGCAAGGCAACAAAAAACAUCUGUCUGGCAGUGUUGGCUGGAGCACAGCUGUUGAGAUAGGGCAAAGGAAUAAAGACCUGAGCUAACAGGAAUGCUACAGUAAGCACAGAGCGUGCAGCAUGUGGAAUGGUGAGCUGAAGGUCCUUCACCAGCAGAAGACCACGCUGGGUUCCACCCCUGUCAGCCCAAACCAGGAGGCACGCUGAAGCUGGACAGCUGAUGAUUUUCUGCUGCAACAUGCAAAUGGUGUGGUCAGAAUUUGCCGUAAACUUCGGGACUGCGCGGAGCCAGCCCGCCCCGUGUGGGCGGGUCAGGCUGCCGGUGGUGUAAUGGCAUGGGGAUUCUUGGCGCACGUUUCAGUCGCAGUUGAGCACCAUGGGAAUGCCAAGGCUGAUUCAAGUUUUGUCAUCAUCUCAAACCGGCUCCGUGAACGUGAACGUGAUCUCAGUGCACUUCGGUGGCCUUUGGCAUGUGGUAGAACGGGAAAUAUGCAGCAUGCAUGUGCAGCUGACAUGACAUGCUGUCAUGGCAACAUGGACCAGUUUCAAAGGAAUGUUUCUAGCAAUUUGUGUAAUGCAUACCACAAAGAAUUACGCGGGGCAGAAUUAGUAUGCUGUUCUUAAUAAAGUGGCCAAGCAGUGUCUGUGUGUGUGUGUGUGUGUGUGUGUUAUAUGGACAGAUAGAUGUAUGUAGGGAGAAUAAUACGGUGUCAGAUCAGAUUUCUGUCCUAAUUUUGUGAGUCCAUACUGCCUUCUCGCUCUUCCAGUGGCUAGCCUUUGUCUAAUGUUUCUUAGGCUGAGGUGCAUUCUGUUCAGUAUUCUGCUAUCCAAACGGAGGCAAAAAAGCUCACUGGCAGACUCAUACCACUGGCCUGUAGAUGUGUACCACAUGCUGUAUAUGUACGUAUUACAAGGGUUCUACUGUAGAUAGAAAGAGCAGGACGGGGCAUGUGGGCAAGAAAUAUAUAUAGUAAUGGGGA